AUGAAUUUCAUGGCUUUCGGCCUUGACCGGGAAAAUCUCCUCGCCGUGGACCAAAUCGGCAGGAGCUUCUUGUACAACCACGACUCGCGCUUGCUCCGCACUGGGAUGCCCAAGAUGCGCGGGCCCAUUAGCGACCCCAUCUCCGUUGCCGUGGGCGACAGCCUAUACGUCAUGAGCGGCAACCCUGGCCAGCUGCCCGGCCAGGGCUGCUUCCAGGCUCUCCUCCACACCCGCCUGCCUGGUAGCCGCGCCGAAGACUGGUGCUGGUAUUCCCUCCAGCCACCGCCUCUCUUUGCCGACGACGACAACGGGGUGGAUCGAUCCAGCCGCUUUGAAAUCGGUGCCUACGCCGUGGUUGACGAUUCACAGAUCUGGAUAUCCACGUCUGGCGCCGGCACAUACUCGUAUGACAUCGCGAGCGGCGCGUGGAGCAAACUAGGCAACUGGGCACUGCCGUUCCGAGGUCGCGCCGAGUACAUCCCUGAGCACAACCUCUGGCUUGGCUUCACGCCCGACGAUCUGCAGCUCUGCACAGCAGACCUCACUGCCUCGUGCGAGCUGAGGCCGCCCGUGCUGCACGACGUGUGGACGGACAUGAACAGGCCAGAAGAUUGGACCCUGACAGACGCCAGCAUUGUGCCGCUUGGCUCCGGUCAUGUCUGCGUUGUGAGGUUCUUUCUUAGCUGCCCAGAGGAGAGCAUUGAGGAUGUGUAUGGCGAUGCCCUUGAGAAAACAGAGACUUUUGCUGUUCUCGAGGGCGUCAAAUUGUUAAAGGCUGGGUGGGCUCAGCUCCGGAUGGUUAAGCACAAGUCGGAGCGUUACGUCUUCGGCCAUGACCUUGUCAUACCGCUGUGA